GUGUGCUCCCCCUCGGGCUACAAGAAGGCGGAUGAUGAGAUGUCCGGAGCCACGUCCUCGGCGGAUCUGGACGAGGCGCCAGCCCGCACCAUUUACGUGAACCAGCCCCAGCAGAGCAAGUUCCGCGACAACCAGGUCAGCACAGCCAAGUACAGCGUGGUGACGUUCCUACCUCGAUUCCUGUAUGAGCAGAUAAGAAAAGCUGCAAAUGCAUUCUUCCUCUUCGUUGCCUUACUGCAGCAAAUUCCUGAUGUCUCUCCGACAGGAAGAUAUACCACCUUGGUGCCAUUGCUAUUUAUUUUAACUAUUGCUGGCAUCAAAGAAAUUAUAGAAGACUAUAAACGGCAUAAGGCAGACAGUGCAGUAAAUAAAAAGAAAACAGUAGUUCUAAGAAAUGGGAUGUGGCAGAACAUUAUUUGGAAAGAGGUGGCAGUAGGCGAUAUUGUGAAGGUCACCAAUGGGCAGCAUCUUCCAGCAGACAUGAUCAUUGUAUCUUCCAGUGAACCUCAAGCGAUGUGCUAUAUUGAAACAGCUAAUCUUGAUGGGGAGACGAAUCUCAAAAUACGACAGGGUUUGUCUCAAACUGCUAGUCUCCAAUCAAGAGAGGAAUUGAUGAAAGUGUCUGGAAGGAUAGAAUGUGAAGGACCCAACCGGCAUCUCUAUGACUUUGUUGGAACCUUGCGCUUGGAUGGUCAAAGUCCAGUUUCUGUUGGACCUGACCAGAUCUUGCUAAGAGGUGCACAACUGAGGAACACUCAGUGGGUCUUGGGUAUUGUCGUGUAUACGGGACAUGAUACAAAACUCAUGCAGAAUUCAACCAAAGCACCCCUGAAGAGAUCAAAUGUGGAGAAAGUAACCAACAUGCAGAUUCUGGUGUUGUUCUGUAUUCUCCUGGUCAUGGCCCUUGUGAGUUCUGUAGGUGCCUUAUUAUGGAACAGAACCCAUGGUGAAGUCGUCUGGUACCUUGGCUCAAACGAAAUGCUCUCUGUCAACUUUGGAUACAACCUGCUGACAUUUAUAAUCUUGUACAACAACCUUAUUCCAAUUAGUCUUCUGGUGACCCUGGAAGUUGUCAAAUUUACUCAGGCUCUUUUUAUAAAUUGGGAUAUAGAUAUGUAUUAUCCUGAAACAGAUACCCCUGCAAUGGCCAGAACUUCAAACCUUAAUGAGGAACUUGGGCAGGUAAAAUACUUGUUUUCUGAUAAAACAGGUACUUUAACAUGCAAUAUUAUGACCUUUAAGAAAUGUAGUAUUGCUGGAGUGACUUAUGGUCACUUUCCAGAGUUGGAAACAGAGCGUUCAUCAGAAGACUUCAGCCAGCUACCUCCUUCCACCAGUGAAUCAUGUGAAUUUGAUGACCCAAGACUGCUGCAAAACAUUGAAAAUGACCAUCCCACAGCUGUGCACAUACAGGAGUUCCUCACCCUGCUGGCAGUGUGCCACACUGUUGUUCCUGAGAGACAAGGAAAUAAAAUCAUCUACCAGGCCUCCUCUCCAGAUGAAGGAGCAUUAGUGAAAGGAGCCAAAAGGCUUGGUUAUGUCUUCACAGCCAGGACUCCACAUUCAGUUAUUAUCGACGCGCUGGGAAAAGAAGAAACUUUUGAAAUUCUUAAUGUGCUGGAAUUUUCCAGUAACAGAAAGCGAAUGUCAGUAAUUGUUCGAACUCCAGCAGGACAACUACGUCUCUACUGCAAAGGGGCUGAUAAUGUAAUUUUUGAGAGGCUUUCAAAAGAUUCCCAGUAUAUGGAGCAAACCCUGUGCCACCUUGAAUACUUCGCCACUGAAGGGCUGAGGACCCUGUGCAUUGCUUAUGCAGAUCUGUCAGAAAAUGCUUACAGAGAGUGGCUGAAUGUCUACAAUGAAGCCAGUACGAUUUUGAAAGACAGAACCCAGAAGCUGGAGGAAUGCUAUGAGAUCAUUGAAAAGGACUUGCUGCUGCUUGGAGCUACAGCCAUUGAAGACCGCCUGCAAGCAGGUGUUCCAGAAACAAUAGCAACACUAAUGAAGGCAGAAAUUAAGAUAUGGGUUCUGACAGGGGACAAGCAGGAAACAGCUCUCAACAUAGGGUACUCUUGCAGGCUCAUUUCACAGAGCAUGUCUCUCAUCCUGGUCAAUGAAGAUUCUUUAGACGCAACAAGGGCGGCUCUGACUCAGCACUGCAACAAUUUGGGGGACUCUCUGGGCAAGGAGAACGACAUCGCGCUCAUUAUCGAUGGCCACACGCUCAAAUACGCCCUUUCGUUUGAAGUCAGGCAGAGCUUUCUGCACCUGGCUCUCUCCUGCAAAGCGGUCAUUUGCUGCAGAGUGUCUCCUCUCCAGAAGUCUGAAAUCGUAGACAUGGUCAAGAAACACGUCAACGCCAUAACACUCGCCAUUGGGGACGGUGCCAACGACGUGGGAAUGAUCCAGACGGCUCACGUUGGCGUUGGGAUCAGUGGGAAUGAGGGCAUGCAGGCAACCAAUUGCUCGGAUUAUGCCAUCGCACAGUUUUCCUACUUGGAAAAGCUGUUGUUGGUCCAUGGAGCUUGGAGUUACAACCGAGUUACGAAAUGCAUACUCUAUUGCUUCUACAAGAAUGUGGUUUUGUAUAUUAUUGAGCUUUGGUUUGCUUUCGUUAAUGGAUUUUCUGGGCAGAUCUUAUUUGAGCGGUGGUGCAUUGGUCUGUAUAAUGUGAUUUUCACAGCAUUGCCACCCUUCACUCUGGGAAUUUUUGAGCGAUCGUGUACUCAAGAUAGCAUGCUUAGAUUUCCACAGCUAUACAAAAUUACUCAAAAUGCAGAUGGGUUCAACACAAGGGUUUUCUGGGGUCACUGCAUCAAUGCCCUGAUCCAUUCCAUCAUUCUCUUCUGGUUUCCACUGAAAGUGCUGGAGCAUGAUGCAGUAUUCACAAAUGGCCAGGGAAUUGACUAUUUAUUUGUUGGAAAUAUAGUUUACACGUAUGUUGUAGUUACUGUUUGUUUGAAGGCCGGCUUGGAAACAACUGCAUGGACUAGAUUCAGCCACCUGGCCGUGUGGGGGAGCAUGCUGCUGUGGCUCGUCUUCUUCGGCGUCUACUCCGCCAUCUGGUCCGUGUUUCCCAUCGCGCCGGACAUGCUGGGGCAGGCUGGGAUGGUGUUGCGCUGUGGUUACUUCUGGUUUGGCUUAUUUCUCGUGCCCACUGCGUGCCUUGUUAAAGAUGUGGCAUGGAGAGCGGCCAAGCAUGUCUACCACAAAACGUUGCUGGAGGAGGUUCAGGAACUGGAGACGAAGACCAGGGCGCUGGGCAAAGCCAUGCUUCGUGAUAGCAACGGCAAGAGCGUGAACGAACGUGAUCAUUUGUUAAAAAGGCUUGGCAGGAAAACUCCUCCAAGCCUUUUUCGAGCUCAUUCUGUCCAGCAAAGUGUAUCACAUGGAUACGCAUUUUCUCAAGAAGAACACGGUGUUGUUUCCCAGUCGGAAGUUGUUCGAUCCUACGACACGACCAAAAGGAGAGCAGAAGUGCAAUAACACCCGGUUCUUUCCUUGAUUGGUGGUGGAGAUAAUGGGAUUUGGAUCCAUGCGUCUGCUGUUAACGCAUCCAUGGUGAAGGUUGGCGGCAGCAGCCAAUACACCGGAGAACUCGUUUCUUUGGCCUUAGCCAACAAUUUUCCACAUUCUCCCUGCAAACCUUGAGUACAUAUUGGGGCGGGCGGGGGGGAUCAUCGUUUGGAUUCAGUUGCAAAGCUCUGCCUAAAUUUUGGUUCAUGUUGUGAUGAAGCAUUUGGCCAUGCUAUGUGAGGUGUGAAAUUAAAAACAAUCUUUUACCACUGUUUAAAAGACGGGCAUUAGGUUGCUCUGGGAGAAAAGUARAAAAUUUAUGUUCCAUGAGAAAUCAACCUUUGCUUAAUUGGAACAGGGGUGCUGAGAUUUCCUGUUUUGCUACACGCAGGCCAAGUGCACAGGGCUGCAUGCAAACCUUGUCCUCUCUAAUACUCACUGUUUACGAGACCUGAYUGACAUUUUUAACAAUUUGGUGCGAAACUCUUGAUUGCAAUGGAAACGCARUCUGCAGCAAAGAAUGCUUAUUUGCCUUCUCCUGAUAGAAUAACAUGGUAGCAAUGAGAUAUAUAGAGUAUUUCUUGUUCUCUUACAGGAUUUAUUAUGACUCUAUCCUACCUAUCUAAAAACCAGUUAAUAGCUUAGUGUAAAAGCGGGGACGUGGAACUCGGACCGCUCGGUAGGGCAGCUGUGUCCAUUGCAUGGCAUUGUGCACAAAAUAGGUGCUGCUGUUCCGGUAGCUCCACAGGUUGCAUUUGAAUGUGCAUUUCAAAUUUGGCCUGGGAUUUCUCUCUCUUGUCCCAUUCCCCUUUUAACAGUACAACAAAAUAUCAAGAACUUAAGAGGCCGGUGGUGAUUUUGCUGUUAAGAGAUCUCUGGCAGAUGGGGUGGUGUAAGGAAACAGGGUGAGUCUUUUGGAGCUGGUCAAGCAGGAAUGUUUCUUCAGUAUUGCUCACCUCCUCCUCCAAUGCACACAUUUCCCGUUCCAGACACCURAGAAGCUCGUGCCUUUAUUUCAUCUGCUGUUAGAGCUAAGGUGAGAGCAUGAGCCAGAAGUUUAGUUGGACUUUCACACACAAAGGGAUAAAGUCUUUGCAGGAAGKGGAGAGAUCAGGAAGCCUCCUCAGCUCAAUUCAAGGAUGAAAGCUGAGGAAUUUCUGCUGGAAGAGAACGGGGCCAGAAAUGUGCUCCUUCUCCUUCUUGAGAAAGUCAUGAUCCUUCCAUAGGGUGCAUUGCCACAGCUGUGUUAGUUGUUUAUCACAGUGAGGAACAGGGUUGCAAAGGAAAGGCAGGAAGGGUGCAGGUGUGACACACACAUGCACACAUGCACGGGGUCAUGGUGAAGAGAAGCUCCAAAGGGUAUUUGUUCAGCCAAACAGUCCCAUUUCCCAGUCCAAUCCACCGGCAGGUUUCCCAGUGCACUCCAACACUGGAGCUCUGGAAGGAAGGCUGGUUUUGCCAACGCGCUGGGUGAAUGGGCGAGCGUGCUGCUGCAUAUAUUGGAGCUAUGAAGAAAAACAAGACAAAACUGGGACAUAAGUUAAGGCUGAAAGAGCUCAUAGAAAGCCUAUGCUGCCUUUCAGACAAGUUCUGUUAAUUUUGGUCGCCAAGCCACGUUUCUGAAUAGAAUGAAGUAGGUAUUGCUGUGUUUUAGCCAGAUUUCAUGGUCAAUGUAUAUGCUACAUGUAUGCGUUUAAGAAGUUGGCACUGUUUUCUGCCCUGUUACCCCAUCCAGAACUUUUACUGAUCUUUAAAU